GACUGCUACUCAUUCCUCCUUCUCUAUGAAUGUGCCGAGCCGGGCUCAGGUAGCAUUCUCUUCAUACCCAAAAAAGCGUAAGAAUGCUGAGGAUAACAGCUGAUCAUCUCCUGCUGUGGAGCUUUGUGUUUUUAGUCUCAUCUAUCCACUCCGAUGGACUGGACCUCUAUGAGGUGGUUCGACCAAUCAGACUCCAUGACCUUCAUAAAAGAUCUUUAGAGUCCACCAGGCCUGAUACUGUGAAAUAUGCCAUGAAUUUUAGCGGCAAACACAUUGAAAUGCAUCUAGAGAAAAACACUGAUUUUAUAACUGAGGACUACACUGAGACUCACUACCUGAGCAACGGGACUCCAGUCGUAACUAAACCUGAUAAAAUGGAUCUCUGCUACUACCAGGGGAAGAUCAUGAAUGACAGGAACUCAAUGGUCAGCGUGAGCACCUGUGAUGGAUUACGGGGAUAUUUCCAGACUGCAGAACAGAGGUUUAUCAUCGAGCCUUUGUCUGAAGACACUGAUGGUGACCAUGCGGUGAUGAAGUAUGAAGAUGUGACUGAUUCUCCUUCUGUAUGUGGAGUCACCAACACUACCUGGUAUCCUUUUCCUGAAGGCUUCCCAGGCUCUUCUCGUGGCAAAUCUAGAGCUCGCAUGUCAGGACAAACAAUGUUCCAGCAAAAGAAAUACAAUGAAGUAUUCCUUGUAGUGGACAACAGAAUGUAUGUGAAGCUGGACAAGAACAUCACCAAAGUGAGACAGAAGAUCUUCGACAUCCUCAACUUUGUUAACGUUGUGUAUAAACCACUGAACACUUUUAUCGCUCUGAUCGGUCUGGACAUUUGGACUGAUACUGAUAAGAUUGCAGUGACUACACCUGCCAGUGACACACUGAAAGCAUUUACUAAGUGGAGAAAUGAAGAUCUGAUUAAGAGGAUUAAGCAUGACAAUGCUCAUCUGAUCACAGAAAUCGACUUUGAUGGGGCAACAGUAGGCCUGGCGUUCGUCGGCACCCUGUGCACAGAAUCUUCUACUGGAGUCAUCCAGAACCAUAACACACGAGCCAUAGCUGUAGGUGCCACUUUGGCACAUGAGAUGGGACAUAACUUUGGAAUGAGCCACGAUAACAACUCAUGUGCAUGUAGUGGGGAGACCUGCAUCAUGGCUGCCUAUCUGAGCUACAACAUCCCACAGCUCUUCAGCACCUGCAGCCUGGGCAACUAUGAGCAGUUCCUGAACUCCCGGAGCCCUGAGUGUCUCCUCAAUAAACCGCAAGCCAAAGACCUGCUCCAGCCUGCGGUGUGUGGCAACGGCUUCCGAGAGACCGGAGAAGACUGCGACUGUGGACCUGCAUUGGAGUGCACCAACCCGUGCUGCAAUGCCACCACUUGUAAACUCACAAAGGGAUCAAAGUGUGCAGAAGGAGAGUGUUGUCAGAACUGUAAGAUCGCUGCUGCCUCCUUGCUGUGUCGUCCCAUGCGUGAUGAGUGUGACCUGCCUGAAUAUUGCACAGGAAAUUCAAGCUCAUGCCCUGAGGAUGUUUUCACUUUGAAUGGUUUGCCCUGCAAGGACAGCACUGGCUACUGCUACAAUGGGCAGUGUCCAAAACGGGCCGAGCAGUGCAUCAAAAUGUGGGGUUCAGGUGCCAUUGUAGGGGUUGAUAACUGCUACAACCAGAACACAAGGGGACUAGAAUAUGCUUAUUGUACACGACCCAGCAACAACCGGUAUCUAGGGUGUCAGAAACAGGAUGUCAUGUGUGGGAAGCUUUUCUGCGAUAAAGGCCAGGCCAACCCGAACUAUGGCCGCUACAUCCUGUUCUCGCUCCCACAGGGCAACUGCAAAGCCACUUUAUACAGCGACAGUACCCAGGAUUUUGGUCAAGUGGACACAGGGACCAAGUGUGGUGAAGCGAAGGUGUGUAGUAAGAACCAAUGUGUGAGUGUAGAUGUCGCCUACAACGCAACCAACUGCACAGCUAAGUGCGGUGAAAACAGGGUGUGUAAUCAUAAGCUGCAGUGCACCUGUGCACCUAACUGGCUUCCACCUAACUGUGUGAUGCUAGCCAGCAGAUCUCAGUCUACAGAUACAAGUUCACAGAUAGGCAUCGCUGUGGCUGUGUUUCUCCUGUUGGGGGCUGUUUUAAUCGGGGUGGCCAUCUACUGUAUAAAAUGUAGGAAGAAUCAGAGCAGUUCAGCAAGAGCAAACCGUUUUCAAAAGUCUACCGUAAACAUCUAAUGCCUCUUACAGGAGAUUUGUAAAUCCAGUCUUCGGGGAACAGUCACACAAAACACAACCUGCACUGAAUUUGGAUUACAUUUUUGUUUUUUACAAACUUUCAAAGUACUUGAAGAGCCCUGAUGCUGUAAAAUUAUUUCUAUUGGACAUAGUUUAUAUAUCAGGCUUGUAAUGUGAAUUUGCUGUAUCCACAGUGUAUAGACACACUGACCAGGAAAUUGAACAUGAGUAAAUGAAUGAAUUAAUACAUUAAUGAAUUUAUCUGGUACAUUAGUACGAGUCGAUAUAUACUGUAGCUUUCUUUUGCAUAGAGCUUUCUAUAAUAAAAUUUAGAUUACAUAGCCAUCGGUACAUUCCACUUUAGGUGCACUAGUAAAUUUCUGCUUCUUUACUCGCAGUUUUCUUGCACUAUAAUAUUACAGUUUAGGUCCUGGAGCAAGUUUCUGCUUCUUUGUUCUCAGGUUUCAUACAGUAUCAGAUCUCGGUUCUCGCUUCUCAGGUCUCUUUUAAACACACAUUGAAAAAAAUACUGUUUUGCCUGUAUAUAUUGAAAAUAAACUAUAUACUGAAUAUAUACUGAAAUGUCCAAUAUAAUACUUCUGACAUUUUAUUGUUUGUCUCUUGUGCUGCAUCCCUAAUUAUGAAGCAAAUAUGCUGUGAGUUUGUUGUGUCACAUAAAGUACAUUUUAGUCCCCACAGGAUCACCACAGCUCCACACUAAUGACUGUC